AUGGCCUUCUGCAUGGUCGACGUGGGCGGACAGCGAUCCGAACGCAGGAAGUGGAUUCACUGCUUCGACUGCGUCACGGCGGUCAUCUUCUGCGUGGCCCUCUCCGAGUACGAUCAGACGCUUCGCGAGGACGACAGCCAGAAUCGAACAAAGGAGUCGCUGCUGCUGUUUGAUGAGAUUUGCAACAGCCCAUGGUUCGCCGAGACUGCGUUCAUUCUCUUCCUCAACAAG